GCUGAAAGUUCCAAAUUAUUCCGAGCAAAUUCUCUCAUUUGCCAGAGAAGCAGAAGCCAUAGCCAUGGGGAGCUUGUGUCUUCCUUCUACUUUUUCUCCUCGUAUUCGCUGUUUAACUUCAAGAAAUUCUAUGGCAAUGGUAGGUUUGCUCGCUCAUCAGCCCAAGGCCUUAGCUCCACCCUCCGUCGCCAAAAGUUUCCGUUUCAUUUCACUUUCAUCUUCAACAAAACCGCCCAGAAAACUUCUCCAAGUGAGGUCAGUGGCUACUCCUGCAGAAGGUAUUACUGGGUUUGAGAGCAUGAUCUCUGGUACUGAGCGGAAGUAUUACCUUCUAGGUGGGAAAGGAGGUGUUGGAAAGACAAGCUCUGCUGCCGCUCUAGCUGUGAAGUUUGCAAACAGUGGCCAUCCCACACUUGUUGUUUCUACUGAUCCUGCACAUUCGUUAAGUGAUUCGUUUGCUCAGGAUUUGACUGGUGGUACGCUCGUACCAGUUGAAGGUCCUGACUCUCCGUUAUUUGCUCUUGAGAUAAACCCCGAAAAGGCUAGGGAGGAAUUCCGUAGUACAGCUCAAAAAAAUGGCGGAACUGGUGUUAAAGACUUCAUGGAUGGCAUGGGCCUUGGAAUGCUUGUAGACCAGUUAGGAGAGUUGAAACUCGGAGAAUUACUGGACACACCACCCCCUGGUUUGGAUGAAGCUAUAGCAAUUGCAAAGGUCAUUCAAUUUCUUGAGUCUCCUGAGUAUAACAUGUUCACUCGCAUAGUUUUCGACACAGCACCCACGGGUCAUACUUUACGGCUUCUAUCCCUGCCAGACUUCUUAGAUGCUUCCAUAGGCAAGAUAUUAAAGCUUAGACAAAAAAUAGCAUCAGCAACCUCUGCCAUUAAAUCUGUAUUUGGACAAGAAGAAAAGCGGCAGGAUGCAGCUGACAAAUUAGAGCGUUUGAGAGAGAGAAUGGUAAAAGUUCGCGAGCUUUUUCGUGACAAAGAAAGCACAGAAUUUGUCAUAGUUACUAUCCCCACGGUUAUGGCUGUGAAUGAAUCAUCAAGGUUGCAUGCCUCUCUAAAAAAGGAAUCUGUCCCUGUCAAGAGGCUAAUUGUCAAUCAGAUUCUUCCUCCGUCUGCAACAGAUUGCAAGUUUUGUGCAAUGAAAAGAAAGGAUCAACUGCGUGCUUUGGAUCUCAUCCGAAAUGAUCCAGAACUCUCGAGCUUGAUGGUGAUUGAGGCACCAUUAGUUGAUGUCGAGAUUCGAGGUGUUCCAGCUCUUAAAUUUCUUGGAGACAUCAUUUGGAAAUGAUUAUGUUAUCCAAGAAAACGCAAAGCAAUUUGCAGAGAAAAACACUCCCCAAACACAUGACUGUAAGAGAGUGAGAGAUACAUCUGCCAGCCAACUGAGGAGUGCCGCAGGUUCAGAUUGAGUAGCUCUGAAGUUGAAAUAGAACAAACACAGGUUUUCAAAUCUAGAACUCAUNAGAUUUAGGUCAAAAAAACGAAAAAAAAAAAAAAAAAGACUGAAGGUGCAUCACGUGGUUAGCACAGGAUGUUGCCUGAGAAUGAAUGUUAUGUAUUUUUUGGGAUAAUGUUUAGAAGUAUAAUAAGAUGAAUAAUUUUUAAAAA